AUGCCUGCUCAGCAGGAGCUUUUCCUUGGGCAGAGGCAGAUUGCCAGCUCUCCCUUAACUUUGAGAAACAUUGCACUGGCUGAUGAGAGCAUCUACUUGAUUGGGCAUUUUGGUGUUGAAUUUGAUACAGCUUUCUGUGUCAAAUUUGAUACAGUGACUGCGAGCACAGGGUAUCAUGGCAAGCAGCAUGAUAAGCAGCAUGUCUCGGCUCCCUCUGCUGGUGGCUCCUUUCCCGUUCAUGCACACAACAGCGUUGAUGAAGAUGAAGUGACAGCAGAGGAACCCAGUGUGGCUGUUCCAGAUGAGACCCCAGCAUGCCACCUGAUGGGAAAAGUUCUUCACAUGGGAAAACUGGCUAUGGAAACUCAGGAGCACAGUAUAGUGCACUUUCUGAUCCGGGCAGGUUCCCUGGUAGAUGAGCACAUACUUAGUGGAUGCACAGCCGUGGAUUUGCAGAUUGACUGGUGUGUCAACAGUAUCUCAUCCACUGUUUGUGAGGCUGCAGUACUGUGGAAAGGGGAUUUUCCUGCCGUUGAUGUAAGUUAUCAACAAGAAUUCUGGUCUUUAAUCCUGCAGCAGAAAUACAGAGAAGAGUUUUCAGAGAGAAUGGCUAUAUCUCACGUAAAUGUGUCUCAGGGUCUGUUGACAUUCAGGGAUGUGGCUGUGGACUUUUCCCAGGAGGAAUGGGAAUGUCUGGAUUCCUCCUGGAGGGCCCUUUGCAUUGAUGUGAUGAUGGAUAAUUAUAACAAUCUGGUUUUUGUAGAAAAACAUCAAUGUGGUGAACGUGUCAAAGUCUUGAGUGAAGGAUCACAGCAUACUGGCUAUCACCCUGUGAAUAUCCAAGAGAGGUCACAUAAAUGUAAUGAGAUUGGGAAAAUGGCCUCUAAAACUGUCCAAUGUACACGUUAUAACACAAGUGACCUUACAACGAACUGCAACAAAUAUGGAUGUCGUAACCAGAGGGAUGCCUGUACUGAUUCUACAGUCCUCAAGAAUGAUGAAAGUGGGAACACUGGUGAAGAACUUCUCAAGUAUAAAGACUGGAAGAAAUGGUUAAAUGUGUGUUCCAUCAUUAGUCAGAGAAUUCGCACUAGCGAGGAACAGCGCAAAAUUACAGACUAUGGUAAACCAUUUGACUCUAAACAUAUACCGAUGCUGAAACCAAUCUCUAGUAUAGAGAAAACAUACCAAUGCAAGAAAUGUGGAAAAUGCUUCACGUCAUAUUUGAGUUUCAGCAAACAUGAUAGCUCUCAUUCUGGAAAGAAAUCCUAUCAAUGUAAAGAAUGUGGUAAGUGCCUUAGCACAUUGUAUCAGGUUGAAAACCAUUAUAAAAUCCAUCGUAGAGAGGGACCUUACAAAUGUAGUGAAUGUGGAAAAUGUUUUAUUCAAAAAAACAAACUUGGGGCACAUCAGAGAAUAUGUAUGAAACAAAAAACUUACAAAUGUAAUGCAUGUGGGAAGUCUUUUACAUGUGCAUAUCAUCUCCAAGUGCAUGAGAGGAUGCAUACAGGAGAGAAACUUUACAAGUGCAACCAAUGUGAGAAAUCCUUUAUGUUUGCUUCUCAUUUUAAAUUACAUCAGAGAAGCCACACAGGAGAGACACCUUACAAAUGUAGUGAAUGUCAGACAUCCUUUACACAGGCUUCAAAUCUUAGGAAACAUCAGAUCAUUCAUACAAGGAAGGAACUUUACAAAUGUAGUGUUUGUGAGAAAUCCUUUACAUGUGUCUCACAUCUUAGACAACAUCGGUUAAUUCACAGAGGAGAGAAAGCUUUUAAAUGCAGUGAUUGUGAUAAAUCCUUUACACAUGCCUGUUUUCUUAAAGUACAUCAGAGAGCUCACACGGGGGAGAGACCUUACAAAUGUAGUGAAUGUGACAAAUCCUUUUCGAACAUAUCUAAUCUUAGAAAUCAUCAGAGAAUUCAUACAGAUCAUCAACCUUACAAAUGUAGUGAAUGUGACAAAUCCUUUAAAUGUGCCUCUAACUUUGGAGUACAUCAGAGAAUUCAUAUGGGACACAAACCUUACAAAUGUAGUGAAUGUGAGAAAUCCUUCACACAGAGUUCAAAUCUUACACAGCAUCAGAGAAUUCAUGCAGGAGAGAAACCUUACCACUGUAGCGAAUGUGCGAAAGCCUUCACACGUUCUUCUCAUCUUAGAAGACAUCAGAGAAUCCACAUAGGAGAGAAACCAUACAAGUGUGGUAAAUGUGAUAAGUGCUUUUUCCAGAAAGACCAACUUGUGACACAUCAGAGAAUUCAUACAGAAGAGAAACGUUUCAAAUGUAGUCAUUGUGAGAAAUGCUUUGUGCGUGUCUCUCGUCUCAGAGCACACCAGAGAACUCAUACAGGAGAGAAACCUUUCAAAUGUACUGACUGCCAGAAAUCCUAUGCAGGUCUGAACAGUCUCAGAGAACAUGAGAAAACUCAUAAGGCAGAGAAACCUUUCAAAUGUACUGACUGUGGGAAAUCCUUCACGCGUGCCUUUUGUCUUUCAGUACAUCGAAGAAUUCAUACAGGAGAAAAGCCGUACAAAUGCAGUGAAUGUGAGAAAUCCUUUAGGCAGAUUUCAAAUCUUAACCAGCAUCAGAAAAUGCAUACAGGAGAGAAACCUUACAAAUGCAGUGAAUGUGAGAAAUCUUUUGCACAUGUAUCAAGUUUUACAAAUCAUCAAAGAAUGCAUACAGGAGAAAAAACCUUACAAAUGUAA